GCAGCGCGUGGUGCGAUAAAGGUCGUGGCUUCCUCUUCGUCGUCGCGGAACGGCAGCUGCAUCCUCCCGGCGAGGCGAUUUUUCCGCCGGUCUUCGGGCCCUACCGCUGCUUGGCUUCCAGGCGGCGUGUGUGUCUGCCGAAGUUCCACGUGACGCCUGCUGAGCCUUAGAUCUGCCUCGCUUGCGGGCGGCUCUCGCUUUCCAUGAGUCCCGCGCCUCUUACUGAGCGCGUAGUCGUGGUGGGCAGAGCACGGGGAGGGAGGGGAGGCGGGGGCGAGCCUCGGCCGCUCUGCACGAUGGCCAUGAGGUACCUGGGCAAGGGGAGGACGCUGGUGACCAGAAGCAUGAUGGCUCAGAUGGAUUCAGAUUUGAAGGAAAAGGAAUCGCUAAAAGAGGAUUUAAAGUUCUACUUCAUGAACCCAUGUGAAAAAUACCGAGCCAGACGUCAAAUACCAUGGAAACUAGGGUUACAGAUUCUGAAGAUAGUUAUGGUUACCACCCAGCUUAUCCUUUUUGGUUUGAGCAAUCAGUUGGUGGUUUCCUUCAAAGAGGAGAACACAGUUGCUUUCAAGCACCUGUUUCUGAAAAAUUACUCUGGUGUUGAUGAAGAUGACUACAGCUGCAGUGUAUAUACACAGCAAGAUGUCUCUGACAGUAUCUUUUUUGCAGUAACUCGGUACCGACAAUUGAAGAAUAUAUCACUGGGUACGCUUGGUUAUGAGCAAGAUGAAGAUGGCUUACAGAUCUGUAAACAGCAAUACAGAAAAGGCACAAUGCUUCCUUCCAACGGCACACUGAAUAUAGACAGUACUAUUGAAACAGAAUGUAUUCGCCUAGACCCACAGGAACUGGCUACUAAGGAAAUAAGUGAUUUGAAAAAUGAAGAAUUCUUCAGACUUGAUUUUUACAGGCUUAUAGAAGUUGAAAUCUCUUUUAAACUAAAAGGCAUUGAUCUGCAAACCAUUCGAGCCCGUGAACUGCCUGACUGUUAUGAAUUUGAAAAUACUAUCACUUUUAACAACAAAGCUCACAGUGGUAAAAUGAAAAUAUUUUUUGAUACUGAUGCUGAUAUUCAAGAAUGCAAAGACUGGAAUAUAUCUGGCUCUAUUCAGAAAAACACGCAAUAUAUCUUGGUUUUUGAUGGGUUCGUCAUUGUGAGCUGUUUUGCUUCCCUUAUUCUCUGCACGCGAUCUAUUAUUCUUGCUCUAAAGCUGCAAAAAAGAUUUGUGAAUUUCUUCUUGGAAAACUAUAAACGUCACGUGUGCAAUUCAGACCGCCUGGAGUUCAUAAAUGGGUGGUAUGUCCUGGUGAUUAUCAGUGAUGUGAUGACUAUAAUUGGCUCUAUAAUGAAAAUGGAAAUCAAAGCCAAGAACCUUACAAGCUAUGAUGUUUGCAGUAUUUUGCUUGGCACAUCUACUUUGUUUGUUUGGGUUGGAGUCAUCCGAUACUUAGGCUACUUCCAGACUUACAAUGUACUCAUUUUAACCAUGCAAGCAUCCUUGCCAAAAGUACUAAGGUUCUGUUGUUGUGCUGGGAUGAUAUAUCUUGGCUAUACUUUCUGUGGCUGGAUUGUUCUAGGACCAUAUCAUGAAAAGUUUGAAGAUAUGAACACUGUAGCAGAAUGCCUGUUUUCUUUGGUCAAUGGUGAUGAUAUGUUUGCUACGUUUGCUCAAAUCCAGCGGAAGAGUACUUUAGUAUGGCUAUUCAGUCGACUAUACUUGUAUUCCUUCAUAAGUCUCUUCAUAUACAUGAUCCUUAGCCUAUUUAUUGCACUUAUAACAGAUGCCUAUGACACCAUAAAGAAAUACCAACAGAGUGGCUUUCCAGUUACAGAUCUUCAUGAAUUUCUAAAAGAAUGUGGCGAUGAAGAAUACAGCAUGCGACCACAGACAUCCAUGAGUUUCUGUUGCUGUAGGAGGCGGAAAAGUGAUGACAACUUGGUACUUGUUAACUGAAGACAGGUGAUGCUGGCCACAAUUCCAAGGAAUGGACUGCUGGGAACAAACUGACCACCCUGAAUUGCAAUACAGCAUUUGCUGUGGCUAUAUUUUCUCAACAAACAAGUUUCUCCUAAGUUAUGGAGAGAGAAGUGAUUGUAUCUUUCUGCAGACUGAAUUAGGAAGCUCAAAAACUGUAUGUUGAGCUACAGUUGUAUGAUCAGCUGAUGACCAUUUGUGUGUGGCCUUUGUGUUUCGGUACAGGAUGAGAGGCACUGUCAGUAAGAAUGUCCAAGUGUUAAGUAUCCCUUGGUCAUUCCUCGAACUGUAACCUGAUUUAUAGCUAUUUUUAUAUUAAAAUAUUUAAAUGAAACCCACUCUAAAAAAACAACCCACCACAAAAUUCUUGAUAGGUGUUUCCUUUAAACUUUGUGUUUGGAGCUAAUAGGUUUUGCCUUUAUGCACUACUUUUUUUGUUAAAUGUAUGCAGAGCUCAAAACUAUGCAUAACAAAGUAAGCAGUUUGGUAUUUUUGGUCUUAAGUUGAUUUUAAAAUUAUUCAGCCAUUUAAAGAUCACUGUUGUACACACUAUUUUCUUAAAAACAAGACGUUGUCAGUGUGAGUUCUUAUGUAUUCUAGCCUCAGGCUUUCUUCCAUUUUCAAAUCUUGUGAAUUGGGCAAACAAGGCCAUAUGGUAACUUCUUGGAAAGGACACAGCCUCUGGCUCACUCCUCAAAUUAUAGCAUUGUGAUAGCUUCUAUACUGAUGAAAUAUUACUUCAGACAUGGCACUAUAGUUUUGUAUGUGGGAUAGAAAUCCUGGCAAGUCAGGUCAGAUGUGUUUAAUUGUAAAUUUAGAGGUAUCUCAUUCAUCUCUUGUUUUUAAUGCAAUAGCUCCACUCAGGUAUACAAAUAAAUCUUAACGGGUUUAUAGGAAGUGAUGCUAAUCUGUGAGUCUUCUGAGAAAACUGCAUCCCUUUCAUGUCGUGUGACAAAACUGCUGUUGAAACUGAGGGGAGGUUGUGAUUUGGCAUGAGGAAAGGCUGGCAUCAUUCUGUUAGGUUAGCACAAGAUCUCUGAGUGAGCCCAAGCAACUUUUAGAGCCCAGUCACAAUGAAAUACUACUAUGCCAGAUCUUGAACCAAUGUCGCUGAGAUGUAAUCUGUUUACCCUUGGCUUAAAACUUCCAAGUGAAAAGCAUCUACUAAAAUGCUCUCUGAUUUGAUUAAUGAGCUGUCAAACUCAAAGUACUUAAACACACACACGAAACAUGAAUUGUGAAUGUAGGAUCCUUCCUAAGAAUAGAACAAAAUCUGUUUUUAUUAAUGUGAAAAUGUCAGAAUUGUUAAUGCAUGUGAGUCUCAUGCAUUAAUAACAUCUGAUCCCGUCAGUCCUGAAGCAUGGUCUUUCCAUGAGACCAGUGCCAUCUCUUAUGAAAAAUGUAGAUGGAUUUUAAAACUUUCCUUUCUGGAUUUCAAACAUGAUGUUUCUGGAUUUCAAAAUGCCAACUGGUCAUGUUAGGUCACAAAAUAUACCAAAUGCUGCUGCUUGCCAUGCAAUCUGUGCUUGUGGAUGAUGCAUUGUAUGAUUAACAUAAUAGUGUGACUUAUAAAACUUGGAAAUAAAGAGAAGCAUCCAUGAA